AUGUCUAUAAAAUCUCAGAAAUCAUUAAACGAGGAAUGUUCGGAGAUAUUCGAGAAAAGCUACUCCGUGAGAAGUCUAUCAGAUGAAAGUCUAUCUACUGAGGACGAGGAGACAGACAGUCUGUGUCGCGAGCUGCUCCGCAAGAUGUCGCCCGCCGCGCUCACACAACUGCGGCGACGUUUCAAGCGGGGUCGGCAGGUGCAACACAAUGUUAAUAGGAAGGUGGAAGAAGCAAUGGUGGCGGCGGCGCUGCAAGAGGGGGUGGAGUUUGCUACCUCCGAUCCGCCCGCAGCCCCCACCGACGCACUGUGGCUUGAUGAAGACAGCUUCGUAGCCGCCAUUGAUGAGAUAUUCGGUGGUCACAAGUACAGUGCACAUGCGCGGCAGCUGUGCGUGGCGCUGGACCCGUUGCGAAGCGGCCGCGUGCACUGGUCGGCGCUGCUGGCGCGCCUGCUGCCGGCCCCGCGGCCCCCGCGAGCUCCUGCACUCGCCCACAAACCCUCACGACUGCCACAUGCACAGAGGGAGUGCAUCGUGAAGUUAGUGAGCUUGCAUGUGGGGGACAGGUUCUGCUACGUGUGUGUGACGCGCGGGGGACGGGUCGGCGUCUACAGCGGCGACUUGCAACUACUCAACACUUACGAGGUGAAUGUGCAGGCGGGAUCAAGUGUUCCAGCGCAGAACGACCGCGCGGGGUCGCGUCAAGAACUGCUGGGUGACAGAUGCAGUUUACAUGAGCGUUAG